GCUGUGGUGGGGGUGUAUCUACCAUUGAUAAAGAAAUGUUUUUUGUUUUGGGUUUUAUUUUUAUCAGCGAUGUUAUCCUCAUGUGAAAUAUAAGUACCUACUUCGAACAAAAAUGAUUCUGAAAAUUGUUCCGGUAUAAUUGCGCUUCGUUUAUUUAGUUUAAAAAAUAUCUUCUAGUAUAUUCAUCAAGAACAAGAACUCUGUAGUUUCCGUUGAUAUCUUCUGCUGAUAUUGGAACUUCCAAACACCCUGUGGCAAGCACUGCUUAAUAUACAGUAUUUCAAAGUCUCGAGUGUGGAAAGUUUGACUUAUUUCACUGAAACCGUUUAUAUGACUGGCUUUCUAGCGUCAUUUUGAAUGAAAUCCCUUCUCUCUUUAUUAGUCAUUUUGAUGGUACCUAUGUAGAUAUAUUUUACCGAGUCAAGAAUAGAAAAUGACCGAAACCACCUCUCGAGUGUACGAUCUUUUUUAUCCGAGUCCCCCAACACUGAAAAAUAUUUCUGCCAUCGCAGUCGUUGCGGAAUUAUGGCGUAAGGAAAUCGCACGUACCGAAAUUAAAACUGCAGAUGUACGAUUAUUUGAUUUAUUGAAGGAUAUUCCGCUGAAGAAGAUAAUCCCAGAUGUUCCAUCGACGAUUUACGAUUUAUUGGACGAAUUUAUCGCUAAAUUCAGAUCAUCGAUGUUAUCAAAUAGUCGUUGGACACAAUAUGUGAAUUAUUUCGAUGCUUUUGUAUGGGACUGGAAUGGUGCUAUUCAUGAUGUUCGAACGGCCAAACGAAUGAUGCUGUGUGAUGGACUCACUGCUGAUGAGAAAUUUGAAAUUGCUUGUAGAUACUGCUUGGAAGAUGAUAUUAGACGAAUUUGGCCAUUUGCCAGCUCCAAAAUCAAUUUGGAUGGAAUGGAUUUUGAUAGUUGUCCACUACUGUACUAUUGGAUUUGCUAUCUUACGAACGAACUAGACAAUCUGCCAAAUCCUCAUCAUGAAACAAUCGAUGAGAUGAUGUUUUAUAAAUGCGAACACGCAGAUGAGAGCUAUUCUUCUCUCGAAUACUUUUGGAAUCGUAUACCCUACGAAAGGGGAUCGCUAGCAACGUUCAAGCUGUCUACGUGCGAUUAUGGUUUAUUCGCUAGGUUCACUUUAACAGGAUUGGAUGAUUUCCAACUUGAAACAUUUAUCGCUGAAGGAGGUGUUGAUUUCAUGGUUUCCUUGUUGAACGGCAGCAAAAGGGAAAAAACCCACGUUCUUUCCGCUUGGUUGUACAUUAGAAACAAAAUGAACGAAAGUCAGUUCAUCCGAUUAAUCAAGAAACUGCUGAAGAAAGAGACUCUACUCGCCUACAGGGAACGACUGCUGAAAUCACUCACCCUCAAGGAACGAUUGCAUUCCAGAGAUGAAGUUUAUUUGUACUGCGAAAUAUGGAAGAAUUCUCCCGAGGAUUUGAAGCGAUGGGCAAUCAACGAUGUGUUAUUGAAUGAAAGAUUGUUCGAGAAAAUGAGUCCAUCUCCAUGGCCAUCUUCACCUAGAGAAAUGAGAUUCUUGAUCACAGUUCUGUUAGAUGCCAGUUUUGAACAGAGGCACGAAUUUUGGCACAAAAAUUGGCGUAAUUUGAUCACCGGUGCUCGAGUCGAAGAUAUUUUGAGAAUAAUGAAGUUAUGUUUCCGGAACGAAAACGAUAUUAGCUUAUUUAUGGAGAUACAUAUGUCUAAAUGGGAAAAUAUCCGCCCAUGUUGCGUCCAGUUGCUAAAGUACAGAUGUUUUAACGAAUUGAGCGAGUUUUUAUCUUUUUGUUAUUCGGACCCGCAAAAAGUAACGGAGCUGAAACAGCAACUGUCGAGGUCAAAUUAUCUCGGUGAAUAUUCUAUUCUCGGAUUCGAUAUAAUCGAUGAUUGUACUGAAGAGUUGUUUGCGUUCGUCGAAGAUGCCUUUCAGAACUUCGAUCUUCGUGUUGAAUUCAAAAAUCAGUUCCUUGUAUCGUCUGCUACCGAAUUUCACUUUUUCGAAUGUUUUCGCUUAGGCUGGUUCGAUAAUCUGAUACAAUUCGUUGAAGCGUUUGUACGGGAUGAAGAACGAGCUGUUGUUGUUUGGAAGCAAUGUUUAUUGGAUAAUUUCAAGAAGCAUCUGGUCUCCGGUGUUAUGGAGAAAUUGAAGGCUGACGAAUUACAAAAAUUUCUCGUCUGGUUGUUGAAUAGUGAAGAUGAGAUCGGUGAAUUCAAACAGUCGUUAUCAGUAGGUGAUAUAUUUUGUAAUAUCAUACAAGGUGAGUUGGAAAAUUGGAAUCGUCGGCAUAGCUCGCGUGCAAUAUUAUCCACUGAUCGGCUGGAUGAUUUUUUGAAUUGGUAUUACAAAAAUGAUGCUGAAGAGAUUCGAAAAAUUAAACAACGGUAUUCCGAUAAGUUGAAGGUAUUUAGUGAUCCAAAAUAUAAGAGCUGAUUCGUUUAUUAACAAGUUAGAAAUUAGGUGUGAUCUUUCAUAGAUUACUGAAAGUAUUGGUUUUUUUUUCAAGUUUUCAUUAUUGAUACCUAUUCACUAUUCAGUUCCAUUAUUCAUUUUGUUUUUAUGAAGUUGUAAUGAUGAUUCUGUUGUUUUAUUUUGUUUUAUUAUUCGUAUAAGGUACAAAUUAAACCUCGUUUAAUUGUU